GAAAAAGUAACCUCGGAAUGAAAAUGUGAAGAUACCUAAGAUGGAGCUGGGCUGUUGGAGAGUGGUGGAAGAGCGAAUAGUGGCUGGAGUUGGACCACCAGCAACGGCUGGAGUGGCUGGACCACCUGCGAGGAGUGGAGCUCAAGCCUCAAGGACUGUUGGAUGUUGGAGAACAGAGGAGAGGCACGAUAUGAAAUUGCAGGGUUUAAUGAAGAAGCUUGAGGAGAGAGAGCAACGGCUGGACAUUAGAGCUGGAGAACAGAGGAGAGAUCGGCCGAAUGUUGGAGAAAAGAGGAUAGGCACGUUGUUUUGGCUAGGGAAUCUUUUUUUUUUUUAAUUCUUGCAUAAUGUAUCGGUCAAAUUUUGGUGUACCAGUCGGUACACGAAAUUUUGGUCGGUACAUCAAAAUUUAACUGAAAUCCCAAAAUUUUGACCAAAAUAAAAUUCUAAUUUAUUC